AUGACGCAACAGCUGCAGCAGAUAUUACAACAGCAGCAACUGCUGCAGCAAAUAAUGCAACAGAUGCAGCAGAUAAUGCUACAGCUGCAGCAUAUAGUGCAAAAGCUGCAGCAGAUAAAACAACAGCAGCAACAGCAACAGCUGCGACGAGAACAGCUACAUCAGCAACUGCAACAGCUGCUACGACAACAGCUGCAACAGCAACAACAACAGCUGCUGCAGCAACAACAACAGGCGAUGCAACAACAUGUUCAGCAGUUCACUGAACAGCUGGAACAACUUUCAGUCCUGCAUUCCUUACAACGAGAUCUGGAGCAAGUAAAACGGGUAUUAUCAGACCAUCAUGACCAGGCGAUGCAGUCAAGCGCAGCGCAGCAGCAGAACGGGCGAGACAAUAGCCACUACUCCAAAGAAAGGGCAGACCGGCAAGGAGACAGCAACGUUGACAGAGACCGGGACGGUCGGAUGGACCGAAGUCGCGGCGACAGAAGAGACGCAGCAAGACACCGUGAUGGUAAUAAUGACAGGGACCGUUCGAGGAGCGCCGACAGAAGAGACGCAGCAGGAGACAGUGAUGGUAAUAAUGACAGGGACCUUGAUAUGUGCAGUGCCUGGACCCACAUGCGGUGCUCCGGGCUGCGCUCCAUCCAUCCCUACUCCGCAGACUGGCCCUGCCCUACGUGUAGACAGUCCGACUUGUUCCCAGUAAGACCCAGCGCCCUCUCGCCCUCGUCCACCCCCGCGCUGGCUCCCACUCACCUCUGCGUCCUCCAACUGCAAUGGCAUCCAAUGCAGCGCAGUAGAACUGGCUGCUUAUCUUGCUCAGAACAAUGUGGCUAUUGCCUGUCCAGAAGACAAAGCUAUUGGCUGCAUCCCGCCUCUUUCCCUGGAUAUGCGACAGAGGGCUGGGACCGCACCGGAGGUCAUGGCAACGGUCUCCUCAUCCUGAUCCGCCACGACACCCCAUAUAUUGGGCAUGACAUCUCCCCCCUCCUGCAUGGCAAUACCACCAUGGAGGACACAGCAAUCUCCACUCCUCUUAAUGGCUCCCCCUCUUUAUAA